AGUUUGCAAUGGAACAGUGAACUAAACGUUUCUCUCUUGACUCUUAAAAAACGUUUUCCGUUGUUCCCUGUGAUUAAUUAACUAGUUUGUCGGUUUAAAUUGACGAUAGAUUAGUAUCGAUAUUUUUGUACAGGAAAUUCCUUCUUUUCAAUCAUUGACUAUAGCUUCACAUUUGAAGUUUUCUAAUUUUAUAAUAGUUUUUGUUUACAAUACAGGCUACAUUUUACGUUAGUCCCCCAGUCAACAAUAAUUAGGAAUUUCUCCAACUUGUGUAUUUCCCGAUCACAUUGUCAUUGUUUGUCUGCGUGGAGGAAAUUGACACUCACUUGUUGAGUGUAAACAAUUUCGCGAUUGGAAAAAUCUGUUAGUGAGUGUAGUGUUGAAUAAAGUGUAUAUCUUUUAUUCAGUGUCAUUGUGUUUAUUUACUGUGCGAAAUUUUAUAGAAUAAGUAGUGCUAUCACUUUCGAAACAAUAUGAAACAAAAAACUUUGAGAAAAGUUAAACAUGCCAAAACAUAUGUGCAACAGCUACAGUUGUUCAUGAUUUUUCUUGAGUUACGGAGAAAUGUGUCAGAUAUUUUGACUCUUCCUUAUCACAAUGAGCAGUUCUUAUUACGAUGGCUGAGAGCAAGGAACUUCGACGUUGAUGCAGCCGAAAAGAUGCUCAGAGAGUCAAUGAAAUGGCGCAAGGAAUGGGACGCCGACUGUGAGCACUUGUACGAGCCACCCGAGGUGUUCUCCCAGUUCUACCCGAGCGGAGUGUCGGGGUUCGACAAGGACGGAGCACCUGUCAUCGUGCUGCCCUUCGCCGGCCUCGACAUGUGGGGCUUCAUGCACUCGGUCAGCAAGCACGACUUCAUGAAGGUCACCAUCCGCAAGCUAGAAGAGUACCUGGCGCUGGCGAGGAAGCAGGUGGAGGUACAUGGCCCGGCCGCCGGGCAGUUGGUUGCUGUCAUCGAUAUGACCGACUUCAACCUAAGGCAGUAUGCUUGGCGACCAGCGGGUGAGGUGGUUCUAAGCUUGGUGCAAAUGUAUGAAGCCAACUACCCCGAAAUACUCAAGGCCUGCUUCAUAAUAAAUGCACCAAAAGUAUUUGCCCUAGCUUUCUCAGUGGUGAAAACCUUCCUGAACGAGUACACAAUAAACAAAAUCCACAUCUACAAGGCAGAUCCAACCAAGUGGCAGCCUGUGAUACUGAAGCAGAUACCAAAAGACCAACUGCCGGCCAUAUUUGGAGGCACAAUGACUGACCCUGAUGGAAAUCCAAGAUGUCCGUCAAAAAUACCUCAAGGUGGAAAAAUUCCCAAAUCUUAUUACAUGAGGAAGAAAAUGGAGAAAUUGGCCGCUGAAACAAAAGAGACAUACACAACCAUCACAGUCAAGAAGGGCGACAAGUUGACCUUGGAUUAUUUAGCUGCGGAAGAGGGCAGCUUCUUGAAAUGGGGAUUCUACUCGGACAGCCACGACAUCAAGUUUGGCGUGGUUUGUAAGAAUGAAGACGGCAACGAGACGGUGGUGGUCCCUGUUCACAGGGUGGCCAGUCACCAGGCCGAAGAAGUCGGAAUCAUCACCUGUCCAGCUCCAGCUACAUACACCCUGAUAUUCGACAACACCUACAGCUAUUUGAGGAGUAAACGGCUACAUUACUCCAUCAAUGUGUCUCCACCCCUACCUAGCCCUACUGAUAGUUCGAUUAUUGCAUCGGAUGAAAUAUCAUUAGAAGAAUAAAUAUCACACUCAGUUCUUGACUAGAAGUCAAAUAGAAUAAGAUUUUAUCAUAUUUCAAUCGGAGAAUUUUAUUUCAGAGGGAUUUUACUUUGUAGAUAUCAUUAUUUUUCUAUUUGGUAUUGAUUGGUCAAUGUACAAACGAUAAAGCUUUCAUAUCCAUGAAUAUGAGAUUUUAUGUUUAAAUAUUUAUUCAAAUGUUAAAAUCAAACCGUAGACAUCAGUCCAUGAGUAUGAGAUUUGAUGUUUAAAUAUUUAUUCAAAUGUGAGAAUCAAACCAUAGAAAUCAGUAAUUCGUAAAAUUAAAUAUUUUAACUACCAUGAGUUUAAACUUUGGAUAAUUGUAUGUCUAGUAUUUUUUUAAUAGAUUAUUCUAUGAGAAUUAUUUUCAAAUGACUCUUUUUUGAAAGUGCGUGAAUUAAUCUAUUGUCCGAAUACCACAGUACCCAUGGUUUGAUCAAAAUCAAAUCUUCCGAUUUCACGAUUGUUUGAUCAUAUUAACUUCAUUACCCACGCACAAAAUAGCCCAAGAGUAUAAGCUCAUAUGGACGUUAUCCAGCAAAAAAAUAAAGUCCACGACGGAUGCUUUCAUAAUUUGCGCAAAUACCUACCCUUCCAUGAGAUAAAUCUAAAAUGUUCGAUUUAAAAAUUUUAUAAAAACGAUUGAGUUCCUGUUAUGAUUGACGAAGCCUAUUGCAUUAGUUUACGGCUAAUAAAAAUGCAUAAUCUCAUUCAAAUUAUUGUAUCGAAUCAGAAAGAAGCCAAUAUGCUCACAGUCAACCAUUUUGUAAAAGAUCGAGGCCUUUCUAAAGAGUCAACAUCACUUUAAGAAGAGCAUUCAGUAUUGAGAACCUUUAAAGUAUCGUCUGCUAUUAAUUAAUAUGCAUAUCUUGGGUGGUAAAUUCGAAUUAUUUAUAUCAAAAGUAACUACAGUACUUGGAAGUCGUUAUAAUAACGAGAAUACACAUACCCAAGGAGUUCUUUUUUUCUGCCCAUACAAACUACUCAUGCCGUCUUUACUCAAAGAUAGAUUUAUAAAAAUCGAAAUAUUCUCAUUAAUUUGGAACAAGAGUAUCUCAUUCAAUGCAAAUAUAAAAUAAUUCAAAUAGCCCAUUAUCAUUUUCAUACAUGGUAAUACCAGAAUUUGAAAAAUAAUGAAUUUUUCCCAGUGAAAAAUGAUAAAACAUAAGAACUAGAACAAUCUUAUCCAUUAAUUAAGUUAAUAUUCAGCAUGGUAAAACCAAUCAGCAUUGAAUAUAAGUUUUAUAUGAAAUUGAUGUUGAAAGUUUCCUAUAGUUCAUAGUCAAUAGAAAGUAAGUUAAUGGUAUUAUUAGUAUUAUAUAAAUACAGUAGCUGAUAAGUAAUAGUUUUGGAUAAAUGCAAAAUGAGUUAGUUUUCGUUAGAAUUAAUAUUUAAUUGUGACUAAGUAUUUGGUAGCUACUGAAGUACUAUAAUGAAUUUGAUUUUUAAGUGUCAUAUUAUAAACUGCUCAAAUAUACUUACAGCUAUUAU